CAUAGAGACGGCGGCGCUUGGCGGCGGGGGGAGCGGGUCCCGCCGCUCCGGAGGCGACGGGAGCGGGAGAGGGAGGUGGGAUCAUCCCGGGGUCCGCCGGGAGCGGCAGGCGGGAUCGUCCCGGGAUCUGCUGGCAGCGGCAUCCGCCGGGAGCGGGCUCUGGCCGCCGCUCUGCACGCUGCCUCCCGCUGCCCGCGCAGUUGUAACACAUGGUUUUAAUGCUCUGAACAACUGAGAUGAGACUGAAGACUUCCCUUUUAAAGGAGCCAAAACAUAAGGAAUUGGUGAGCUGUGUGGGAUGGACAACAGCUGACGAGCUCUACUCCUGCAGUGAUGACCACCAGAUUAUGAAAUGGAACCCUGUGACCAGCGAGACCACUCGAGUGGUGAAGCUUCCAGAUGAUGUUUAUCCCAUAGAUCUGCACUGGUUUCCCAGAGGGAUUGGUGGGAAGAAGCAAUCCCAGGCUGAGAGCUUUGUUCUGACAAGUUCUGAUGGGAAAUUCCACUUGAUUUCCAAGUUAGGAAGAGUGGAGAAAAGUGUGGAAGCACAUUGUGGAGCUGUCCUUGCAGGAAGGUGGAAUUAUGAGGGAACAGCCCUGGUCACAGUUGGGGAAGAUGGCCAAGUGAAAAUCUGGUCUAAAAGUGGAAUGCUGAGAUCCACUUUAGCUCAGCAAGGAACACCAGUGUACUCAGUGUCCUGGGCACCUGACUCUGACAAAGUUCUCUACACCUCAGGGAAGCAGCUGAUCAUUAAACCCCUCCAGCCAAAUGCUAAAGUUUUGCAGUGGAAAGCCCACGAUGGCCUGAUUUUAAAAACUGACUGGAAUUCAGUGAAUGAUCUGAUUCUUUCUGCAGGGGAAGAUUGUAGAUAUAAGGUUUGGGACAGUUUUGGCCGUGCCCUGUACAGUUCCCAGCCCCACGAGUAUCCCAUCACUUCUGUUGCCUGGGCUCUGGAUGGAGAAUUGUUUGCUGUGGGAUCUUUCAAUACUUUACGUCUCUGUGAUAAAACUGGGUGGUCUUAUGCCCUGGAGAAGCCCACCACUGGCAGCAUUUUCACCAUUUCCUGGUCCAUCGAUGGCACCCAGCUGGCCGGAGCGUGUGGGAACGGCCACGUCAUCUUUGCCCACGUGGUGGAGCAACACUGGGAGUGGAAAAACUUUGAAAUCACCUUAAUUAAGAGGAGAACCAUGAAGGUGCACAAUGUCAUCAACGAUGCCGUGGAUUUGUUGGAAUUCCGGGACAGGGUCAUAAAGGCCUCCCUGAACUAUGGAUAUUUGGUGGUUUCCACUUCCCUUCAGUGUUACGUGUUCUCGACAAAGAACUGGAACACUCCAUUGAUUUUUGAUCUAAAGGAAGGAACUGUGAGUUUGAUUCUCCAAGCAGAAAGGCAUUUUCUUCUUGUAGAUGGUGGAGGACUUUAUUUAUAUUCCUAUGAGGGCAGAUUAAUCUCCUCUCCAAAAUAUCCAGGCAUGAGAACAGAUGUUUUAAAUGCCCAGACAGUGUCCUUGAGCAAUGACACCCUGGCAGUGAAGGACAAAGCUGAUGAGAAGGUUAUCUUUAUAUUUGAAGCUUUAUCUGGGAAGCCCCUGGGUGAUGGAAAACCUCUGACCCACAAGACAGAGAUUGUGGAGAUUGCUUUGGACCAGAAAGGACUUACAAAUGAGAGAAAAAUAGCUUUUAUUGAUAAGAACAGAGAUCUUUUCAUCACCUCAGUGAAAAGGUUUGGGAAAGAGCAGAAGAUUGUCAAAAUAGGGACAAUGGUGCAAAGCUUGGCCUGGAAUGACACAUCCAACAUCCUGUGUGGGAUUCAGGAUUCCAGGUUCACAGUCUGGUAUUAUCCCAACACAGUCUAUGUGGAUAAAGAUCUUCUCCCAAAAACUCUCUAUGAAAAAGAUGCCAGUGAAUUCAGCAAAAACUCCCAGAUUGUGAGUUUUGUGGGGAAUCAGAUCACAAUUAGGAGAGCAGAUGGGUCCCUUGUCCAUCUCCACAUCUCCCCUUACCCUGCAAUUCUCCAUGACUAUGUCAGCGCUUCCAGGUGGGAAGAUGGGGUCAGACUCUGUCGCUUUGUCAAGACAACAGCAACAGAUGAGGAUCAGACCCUGUGGGCUUGUUUGGCUGCCAUGGCAGUGGCCAACAAGGACAUGACCACAGCUGAAAUUGCCUAUGCAGCAAUUGGGGAGAUUGACAAAGUGCAGUACAUCAAUUCCAUCAAGGAUCUGCCAUCCAAGGAAUCCAGGAUGGCUCACAUGCUGCUGUUCAGUGGGAGCACCCAGGAGGCUGAAACCCUCCUGCUUCAGUCAGGCCUGGUUUACCAAGCUAUUCAAGUCAACAUUAACCUUUACAACUGGGAGAGAGCCCUGGAUCUUGCAGUGAAGCACAGGACACACGUGGACACGGUCCUGGCUUACAGACAGAAGUUCUUGGAGGAUUUUGGGAAAAAAGAAACCAACCAAAGAUUUUUGCAGUAUGCAGAAGGUCUGGAAGUGGAUUGGAAUAAAAUCAAAGCCAAAAUAGAGAUGGAAAUUGCUAAAGAAAGAGAACGAGCAGCAGCCAGUCCUGCAGUGAGAACCAGUGUAACUGUGCAGCAGUAAUUGACAUUUUGGACACCUUUAAAGUGCUGCUUCAAUAUUCGGUACUGGCUUGUUCUGACAAAUGUGAAAAAAAAAGCCACAGCAAACAUUUUGUGGGCCACAGGAGUGAGAAUUUCUGUAGAUUUUAAGCGUUGGGUGACAAACAGAAUGAAUUAUUUACUUUCAUUUUGAGCUGGGUUUAUAGUCUGGUGCCAGUGAGUGCUACAUGUCUGAGAAAAAAAGGGAAUUCACUGUCUCUGUCUUUGUGGCUUUUAAAUUUUCGUUGCCACUGAUAUUCUUUAACCUGGGUUGCCUCUCAUGAAGUCCCCAUUUAAGCACCAAGUUAAGCAGCUUGGUUCUUUCUGCAGCCUCAGGGGCCUCUCCAGACUCAUUUAAAUUGCCCUAAAACAAAUGAAGCAAAGUGGAAGUGCUGAAAAUGUAAGAUAAAAAGAGGAGCUUGAGCCUCUAAAGUACAAAUAUUUCCCUCACAGCUGUGGUAAGACAUAUUUCUGUUAGGAUGUACCAGCAAGUUCUUUAAUAGAUGAUUUCAGCAGCUCAGGUUUGUCACUGAGCAAAGCAUUCAGCAGUAAAAGGGUAUUUUCCUGUUUAAAAUACUUUGGAAUGUGCUUUCAGGGUUGUUGGAAGUAACAAACAGCAUUUGUAGCAUGUGACAUGUAAAACUGACAAGAAUAUUUAAAAUAAGAGAGUAUUUCAUGUAUUUUUUUCUGCCCUAAGCGCUUGAUUUGUAAAUAUUUUUUUUUUUUGUAUUUGUGUUAUUUCAUCAGGAUACAUUUUUCUUUGUUUCACAUCCAAAACUGGCUGCAUUCUCUUCGUGUUAUAAAUAUAUUAACAGAUUAUUCAGCACUGACAAGAUAUAUUAUGUAUCUUUCAAAUGUUACCAGCAAAACCUUAAAUAGCUGUACAUACAGCGAAUUUGUGGAUCAUUGUGUGACCUUUUCUUGCAUAAAUUUCUUAACAAAACCGAAUAAAUGUGGAGGUUUUUAACAUAUCUGAGAGCUGUUGCAUGUGGUGAUCUCCACUGACUGCUGAAAAAAGAAUAUUUGGGGUGUUUUAAUUACAUUUGGAGGUGAUGGGAAAGGUGUUUAAUUCCAUUUUUUAUCACAGGCAUCCAGUCCUGAGCAUGCUCAUGUUCAAUAGAAAACAAAGCAAAAUAUUUUGGAAAUGCACUUUUAUUCUUUGUUUUCACCAGGUUCUAAAUACAGUUAUGACCCUGGGUAUGAAAUCUGAAUUUCAGAAUAUUCUCAGGAGAAGACGUUAUCUUAUAUGGCUUUUCUGGGAUUAUGGCAGGGGUUUUAGAGAUUGUAAUUCCAAGGAAAGUGCCAUCUGUCCAUGCCAAGGUAAUAUUGAGCUGGUUGGUCUGGGAUUCCAAAGUUCUGGAUUAAAUUUGUACCUCCUUUCAGUUAUUUUCAGUAUUAAGUAAAAAAAAAAAAUAGCAGGAGGAUACAGAUGUUUCAGGUAUAUUUUGGUUACAUUAUUGCCCAGAACAAGAAAUUAUUUGAAAACCCUCUUUUAAAAAGCAAUACCUCUUAUUUAAUUACUGACUGCUUCAUUUAAACCAUCAUAACCCAAUUUAAGAAACAGAGAUGAAUUAACAUGAUUAAUAUUCAGUUUUUUAGGUGCUGUUGUGAUGGAUCAAUACCCAAAUAUAAUCCAGAUUUUGACAUUGCAGGGUGGGGAGUUUUGUUCGUUCACUUCAUUUAACCUUGACCACAGUAAAUCCUCUCUGAUUAUAAAAAGGGAGGUGGAAAAAUGCAUCUUUAAGUGAAAAAUAAAGUCCUCAAGUGAGGUAGAAGUAAAAGGUCAGGUGGGUGUUUAAAAACCAACUGCAUAUUUGUAAUAGCUCAGAGGAAAAAAUUUUAAAAAUACUUUGUUUUCUGGUAUUUAAGGCGGUAAAACUUUGAGAUCUGGGUUUGUCUGUGGGAUUUUACCCUUUGGGACUGGAACAGGAGGAAGGUUUGAAUCAUCUGACAUGAAAAUUUGAUUUUACAGAUUAUGUGGAACCAUUUCCUGUAGAAAAAACUGGUGAUUGUUGCCUUAUUCACUCCAGAAUAGUCAAAAUUAUAAAUAAGCAAUAAUGGAAAAGCUUGAAGCUUUCUAAAAUUUAAUUCUGAAAUUUUAAUGUAUAUUUGUAUAAAGUUUGUAUUGCCUACAGAUGGGGGAGGUUGGAGAGAAGCAAUUUACUGUUUGUAUUAUACAUACGUCUUUUACAUUGGUUUUUACAUGGUUUUUUAUUAAACAUAGAAAUUUUAAGA